AUGCGGACAUGCUACGUCUUCCGGGUUCAAAGCGGAGACCACGAGGAGAAUGAGGAGACUGUUGAUGAGAAGAAGAUGGAAAAUGAGAAGCAGAAGAAGGAUAGAAAGGAGCUGAAGAGAGAUGCUGAACACGAGAAGGAAAAUGCGGAGGAUGAGCAGAAGAAGGAGAUGAAGCGUGAGGAUGACGUCUCGGUCGAGGCGGCUGAUCAGAAGAAGAUGAAGAAGGACAACAAACGCGAGGAUAUGGCCGCUGAGGAAAACGCGAAUAAGAAGAAGGACAAGAAGGAUGCUUCUGCUGAAGCCGAGGAAAAGCCAAUGAACAAAAAGAACCAAAAGAAGCGUGAGGAAAGCGCCGAGCGCGAAGAGGAGAUGGAGCACGAGAAGGCGCAGAACAAGAAGGACAAGAAGAAGCGAGAGGGUAAGCCGGAGAACGAGAAUGAGAACGAGAAGAAGGAGAAGCGAGAGGAGAACGCCGAGGAGGAAAAGCCAAAGAAGAACAAGGCGAAACGUGAGAACUCUUCCGAGGAAGCUGAGAAGAAGCCCAAGGCCAAAAAUAACAAGGCAAAGCGAGAGGAGAACAGUUCCGAGGAGAAGGUCAAGGUCAAGCACGUCAAAAAUCUCAAGAUGAAACGAGAGAAUGCCGACCGCGUGCCCGAGCACUACGACUCGGACGCGCUGAUUCCGGGACUCUGCGUGGUCAUCUACAUCCCGUUGAUGCUCUACGUGCUCGUCGUCUACCAUCGGCUACUGCAGAGUGCG